AUGAGUCUAACUUCCAGCUUCACCAUACGAGUUGAAUGGAUUGCAGCAGUUACCAUCACUGCUGCAACAGCUGCCACUGGUUAUCUAGCUUACAAAAGAUUUUAUAUUAGAGAUCAUCACAACAAAGCUAUGGUAAACCUUCACAUCCAGAAAGACAACCCCAAGGUAGUAAAUGCUUUUGACAUGGAGGAUUUGGGAGAUAAGGCUGUGUACUGCCAUUGUUGGAGGUCCAAAAAGUUCCCACUCUGUGAUGGUUCUCACACAAAACACAAUGAGGAAACUGGAGGCAACAUGGGACCUCUGAUCAUUAAGAAGAAAGAAGCUUAA